UUUCACAGACUUUUGUAAGGAAGGAAGGCGGAGCCCAGAAAGCUUGUGGAGUGAUUCAUCUUGUUGAAACAGAGACGAUCUGUGCAGCAGGGGCGCCGUGUUUACAGCGAAGCGAACAGAGCAGCAGCAGCAGACUGCAGACUGAUCUACCGGAGAGGAGACACCUUCUGUGGACGGUACCUGCAACAUUAAUCUCUCUACUAAACUGCGCUACCCGCUCAAGCUAUCUAUCUAUCUACCCACAUCGACGGAGGAGGCUUUAGAUAACCCAGAGGACUAAACCUGGAGGUCAAAUACUCCCAUUUCUCCCGCUGAGAUGAAGGUGAACCACCACAACAACAACGCGGUUGCAUGAUGAGCGGCUGAAGAAGAGGAGGAGGAGGAGGAAAAGAAGGAGGCUGAAACUAGCUCUUUAUCUACAAAAAACGUCGUGCGUGCACACAACACGCCUGUGCAUUUAAUGAACACGUUAAAGCCUCUUUGCAUCCAUGCUUGUUUGUUGUUUCCCUGCAGCUAUGGAGGCUGAAGAUGCGGAUUAUCACAGAGGAGGAGGAAUCCCCGCCGUUACUUUAACCGCAUUGCUUUCAUUAUAACACAUCAAUGCGACGUCGUUUUCAGCAGGGAUAAAAACACAACUAUGCAUGCAUAUUUUCUGGUCUUUUUUGCGUUUUUUUUUGGAGCAUAAUAGGAUAUAAAUAUCCCUCCAUCAAGCGUGUUUGUGUUGCAGCUAUUAGCUCUCUCCAUUAGCCGGCUGCUAACUGCUGCAAGAUUACAGAUUCAAAACAAGCUUUUUUUAUACAUCUGAGCAGGUUUUGCUGCAGGUUUUUGCACCUCAACGUAUUUAUUUGCAGGAUUUGUGAGGAUUUAUUCAUCCAGGAAUGAGGUGUGUAAAGGAAAGAAGCCGCUUGACCUUGUUUUGGGGUGUGAUGAUGAUGCUGCUGGGUCUGAAGUCCUGCCUCCGGCCCGCCACCGCAGAGAUCUGUGGUCCCAGCAUCGACAUUGGGAACGACAUCAGCGAGUUUAAGAGUCUAGAGAACUGCACGGUGGUGGAGGGCUACCUGCAGAUCCUCCUCAUCGGCGACAAAAACAACAACAACAUCAACCAGGAUGUCUUCCGCUCCCUCAGCUUCCCCAAGCUGACCAUGAUCACCGACUACCUGCUGCUGUUCCGGGUGUCCGGCCUGGACAGCCUGAGCACGCUCUUUCCCAACCUCGCUGUCAUACGCGGGCGGAACCUCUUCUACAACUACGCCCUCGUGAUCUUCGAGAUGACCAGCCUGAAAGACAUCGGCCUGUACAACCUGAGGAACAUCACCCGCGGCGCCAUCCGCAUCGAGAAGAACCCCGAGCUCUGCUACCUGGACUCCAUAGACUGGUCCCUCAUCCUGGACGCCGAGUUCAACAACUACAUCGCCGGGAACAAGCAGUCCAAGGAGUGCAGCGACGUCUGCCCGGGCAUCAUGGAGAACAACCCUCAGUGCAGGAAGACCAUGUUCAACAACAACUACAACUACCGCUGCUGGAAUUCCAAUCACUGCCAGAAAGAGUGCCCAGAGAAGUGCACACGGCGAGCGUGCACAGCAGACGGCGAGUGCUGCCACCCUCAGUGUCUGGGCAGCUGCACUCUCCCCGGCAACGACACAACGUGUGCGGCGUGUGCACACUACUACCACCAAGGACGCUGCGUGGCCGACUGCCCUCCCGGCACCUACAAGUUCGAGGGCUGGCGGUGCAUCAGCGCCGAGCUUUGCUCCAAAGUCCACCUCCCCGACUUCAACAGCUUCAUCAUCCACGGCGGAGAGUGCAUGUCUGAAUGCCCACACGGGUUCAUGCAGACCGCGCCCAACAGCAUGUUCUGUACAGCCUGUGAUGGUCUGUGCGAUAAAGUGUGUGAGGAGAAGGUCAUCGACUCCAUGGAUGCUGCUCAGUCUCUCAAAGGCUGCACCGUUAUCAAAGGCAACCUGCAUAUCAACAUCCGCAGAGGCCACAACAUGGUGGCAGAGCUGGAGAGUUUCACAGGUUUGAUCCAGAGGGUGACCGGUAACGUGCGGAUCAGACACUCCCACACUCUGAGCUCCCUGGCCUUCCUCCGCAACCUCAGAUACAUCGAUGGAGAGAAGCUUCUGGACGAGAUGUACGCCUUCGUGGCAGUCGACAACCAGCAGCUCCAGUAUCUGUGGGACUGGAAGCAGCACAACCUCACCAUCAAGGCAGGGAAGCUGUUCUUCAGGGCAAACCCGAAGCUCUGCAUGUCCGAGAUCCGCAAGAUGUGGGAGAAGACGGGCACCCGGGGCCGCUUCGACGAGAGCGACUUCCGGAAUAACGGCGACAGAGCCAGCUGUGAAAGUACAAUCCUGACGUUUAAGUCAAACAGCACCAGCAGUACAAGGAUCAAACUGACCUGGCAGCGCUACCGUCCCCCUGACUACAGAGACCUCAUCAGCUUUAUUGUCUACUACAAGGAGGCGCCGUUCCAGAACAUCACGGAGUUCGAGGGGCAGGACGGCUGUGGCUCCAACAGCUGGAACAUGGUGGAUGUGGAGCUGAGGCUGGACAAGGACUCCGACCCGGGCGUCCUGCUGUCCAGCCUGAAGCCGUGGACGCAAUACGCUGUGUUUGUUAAGGCCAUCACACUCAUGGUGGAGGACAAACAUUUGCCGAGUGCCAAGAGCAAGGUGGUCUACAUCCGCACCAGCCCUUCAGCGCCCUCCAUGCCUCAGGAUGUGCGAGCGUACUCUAACUCAUCUACGCAGCUGGUGGUGCGUUGGUCACCCCCUAUCUCACCGAACGGAAACCAAACUUACUACCUGGUCAGAUGGCAGCAACAAGCCGAAGACCGAGAGCUGUAUCAGCACAAUUACUGUUCUAAAGAGCUGAAGAUCCCCAUAAGGAUCGCUGCCAUAGGUGUGGGAGACCAGGAAGAGGACACCAAGCCCACUAAGCCAGAUCAAGACGGGCCAGACAAAGGCCCCUGUUGCCCCUGCCCCAAAUCAGUCGAGGACCUGGAGGCCGAAGCUGCCGACGCCUCCUACAGAAAAGUCUUUGAAAACUUCCUGCACAACUCCAUCUUUACACCGAGGCCACCAGAUCGUCGCCGCAGAGAUCUCUUUGGCAUAGCCAACGCCACUCACCCCCGCCGCAACCGGCAGCACGCCAACAGCAGCACCGUCCCUCCUCUCCAAGCCGCUAGUAACAGCAGCGCCGCGGACCUUGAGCCGGCCGACAGAGAGUUCGAGUUCGUGGAGCAAGCUGUGACGGAGCGCGAGCUGCAGAUCUCUGGCCUGCAGCCAUUCACUGUUUACCGCAUCGACAUUCACGCCUGCAAUCGACAGGUCCAACGCUGCAGCGCCGCAGAGUUUGUCUUCUCCAGGACCAAGCCUGCAGAAAAGGCCGACGACGUACCCGGCCCGGUGACCUGGGAGGGCCACGAGGACUGGGUGUUUCUGCGCUGGCCAGAGCCUCCUCACGCCAACGGACUCAUCCUCAUGUAUGAGAUCAAGUUUAAACUGGCUGCUGAGACCGAGAAGCACGAAUGUGUCUCUGGUCUGAUGUAUCAAGCCCAGCGUGGCGUUCGGCUGUCCAACCUCAGUCCAGGAAACUACUCGGUCAGCGUAAGAGCCACGUCACUGGCCGGCAACGGCUCCUGGACGCACGCUCUGGAUCUCUACGUGGCUGAACGAUAUGAAAACGUCCUCUACGCUAUGAUCUUUGUUCCGAUCGUCAUCAUCCUCCUCGUCUGCCUUGUGAUCUCAAUGCUGGUGGUCCUCAGCAGGAAAAGGAACAGUGACCGGCUUGGAAAUGGAGUCCUGUACGCCUCAGUCAACCCAGAGUACUUCAGCGCUGCAGAAAUGUAUGUACCAGAUGAGUGGGAGGUUGCACGAGAGAAGAUCGCCCUGAGCCGCGAGCUCGGCCAGGGGUCCUUUGGCAUGGUGUACGAGGGCCAAGCGAAGGGCGUGGUCAAAGAUGAACCAGAGACACGUGUCGCCAUUAAGACUGUCAACGAGUCGGCCAGCAUGAGGGAGAGAAUCGAGUUUCUCAAUGAAGCCUCCGUCAUGAAGGAGUUCAACUGUCACCACGUGGUGCGUCUGCUGGGAGUGGUUUCUCAGGGCCAACCCACUCUGGUCAUCAUGGAGCUGAUGACGCGAGGAGACCUCAAGAGUUACUUACGCUCCCUCCGACCUAAAGAGCAACAGUGGUCGAGCCUGUCUCUCCCUCCUCUGAAGAAGAUGCUUCAGAUGGCCGGGCAGAUCGCCGACGGCAUGGCUUACCUCAACGCCAAUAAGUUCGUCCACAGAGAUCUGGCGGCCAGGAACUGCAUGGUGGCAGAGGACUUCACCGUUAAGAUAGGAGACUUUGGCAUGACCAGAGACAUCUAUGAGACGGAUUACUACCGCAAAGGUGGUAAGGGUUUGCUCCCCGUCCGCUGGAUGUCACCGGAGUCUCUGAAGGACGGCGUCUUCACCACCAACUCUGACGUCUGGUCGUUCGGGGUCGUACUGUGGGAAAUCGCCACACUGUCAGAACAGCCCUACCAAGGUCUGUCCAAUGAGCAGGUGCUCCGCUUCGUCAUGGAGGGAGGGCUGCUGGAGAAACCACAGAGCUGUCCUGACAUGCUGUUCGAGCUGAUGCGAAUGUGUUGGCAGUACAACCCUAAGAUGCGUCCAGCCUUCGUGGAGAUCAUCAGCAGCCUAAAGGACGAGCUGGAACCGUCUUUCAGAGAGGCCAGUUUCUUCUACAGCACCGAUAACAAGCCGCCAGAAGCUCCGCCGGUCCAACUGGACAACGCGGACACCAUGGAAGACGUCAUUCCUCUGGAGCCCGCUUCUUCCACCACGCAGCCACAGCAAACCCCAGUCCCCCAACAGACCCCGCCCUCCCCGAGCUCAGAGGCUCCACCCGCCCCGUCGUUAGCCCCCAGCUCCCCCUCCUCUCCCUGUACGUCCACCGCCGCCAUGGACAAGCAGCCCUCCGGCCAGCAGGCGGCCAACGGGCUGUCGGGGGCGGGCAUCGCAGCGGGGUCUGGGACGGCGCGGCCGUCUCUGGACGAACUGCCGCCGUACGCGCACAUGAACGGGGGACGCAAAAACGAACGUGCCAUGCCCCUCCCGCAGUCCUCCGCCUGCUGAUUGGACGGAGACACCCACCAGACUGCAAACCCUGCCACCUGCUGCUCUGCAGAGCCUGAUGUCUCAGUGGGUGGGAUCGCUUUUAAAAAGAAAAAUCACAUACAGCAAAACGGAGUCCACCAGCUGAGGAGCGAGGAGCAAAGACUCAAAGUAAGGAAGGUGGAGAAAACUGUCACUAAGUCCAUGUUCUGCUGUACCUCCACACACCUUUUUCAUACUAUUGUAGUUUUGGUUUCUACCAGCUGGCUGUCAGACGUGAUACUGCCCUCGCUGCUGAGUGGGAACACCGACAAAAACACUAAAAGAAAGAACAAAUUAUUUGGGGGAGAUCUCUCUUUCUCUCUUUAUGGCUGAACUUAUUUUAUAAAUUGUUGUUUGUUACUUUUUUUACAUGUAUUUUCAAAAGGGGAAAACAAAAAUGUGUAGGCCUUUAUAAAAUGACCAGCGUUUUGGUCGCUUUUGGGCGGGCAUGAUGGUGAAACCGUUACGCAUAUCUAAUGAAGAAGCACUCCAGAGAGGUCAGUUUUCUCCGGCGGUCGUUCAGUAGUCGUGUCGCUCUGCAGGCUGGGUGUCAGUGUAAUGCCGGGUCAAACAGCCAAUACGCUGAAACAAACAACCAGAGGGAGAAAAGGUCAAAUCUGCCAAAUUUGUUGCCAAAAUUUUACUUUUUUGUCAAAUUCUCUCUCUUGCCCCGUAACUCACCAACAUACCGGGUUGAAACAAAAGAUCUGCUUCCACGUCAUUCUUAAAAUCUGUGAUCAAAAGGGGUAUUAUCUUCCCUCUACAGUCCUACACUACUCCUCUAUUGCUGAUUGCUUAUCUACAGCUAUUGUAGCCUGCAAUCAAAUUGACGUCGUGGACCUCGGCUACAUCAGUUUAUCUGAAGUAGAGCCACAUCCUCUCACAAAGUGCCAUUCCGUUACGGUUUAAAUCCUAGACUGGGUAUACAGAUGGACGACGUUUGCCUCUUUGCUUCUCUACUCUUUGUGAGAACUACCUAAGAUGACAGACAACAACUUUGGAAAUAAUGUAUUUGACUUUUUAGUUUGGCCCAUGUCCCAUCCACUAACAUGGACGAGGCGGGCUUUAUGACCUAUACUGCAGCCAGCCACCAGGGGGAGAUGUUUCAGCUUCACUUUUGGAGGAGCUGUCAUGCCGUCCAUCUUUAUACACACUCUGUGGUUUAAACGCCAAAUCAAAUCAAAAAAGAAGAAAAAAAAAAAAGCAAGGACUGCGGAGGGAAGCUCAUAAAGAGAG